UUUAAUUUUAUUGAUAUUUUGGGCAUGUGAUAAAAUAUAAUUUCAAUGAAAUUAAUAUUUUUUAGAUAUGAAUUAAAUUUAAAGGGACGAGAAAAAAUGAAUUCUGAAAAAUUAGGAGACACACUUAGGGAAACAUUGUCAAAAUUGUCAAAAGAGACUGGAGUUGAACUGAAAGAAGAAACCUUAAUUGCAAAACCUCUUAAAUUUGAUUGCAAAGAAAAUUGUAAACCAUUAUCUAAUCUAGUCACAGAUUUCAAAUCCAAGUUAGAAGCAAAAAAACUCUCAACAUUAGAAUCUGCUUCAACUUUUGUUACACUGUUAGAAAAAUUUCAUUUGGCAACAAAAAAUGAAUUAUUAGAAAUACUGAAAAACAGAAAAAACAACAAUAUCAUACCUCAAAUUCUAGAUUUAAUUUCUGCAACUCAAACAGAUGCUGCUUUUGAAGCAGCUCUUGAAUUUCUGGAUUUUUCAGGAAAAAAUACAGAUUUACCAGAAAGAUUUCUUUUGGGUCUCUCUGUGACUUCUCAUCCAACUUCUAAGAUGAUAACCGAACUUUUGAAUCUAGCAAAUAAAAAAAUUAGUAAUGAAAAAUUAAGAACAACAUUGUUAAUGACCUUGGGAUCUGUCUUGAAUUCUUUUUGUAAAAUAAAUGAUUCCUACUUGGAUUUACCAAUUGUAAAUGAAGUUGUUAAUCAUUAUUCAAAUAAAUUAAACAAGUGUAAGAAAGUAAAUUGUAAACUGAUGUAUCUUAGAGGAUUGAAGAAUGCUGCAUUACCAUCAACUGUUCCACUACUAUUAGAAUAUGCUAAGAAGGGAAAACCAUUUGCAGAAAUUGCUCUAUCAGCUAUAAAGAAAAUGGAUCCAAAAUAUAUCAAUGAAAUAGUUGUUUCACUUCUUCAAGAACUAUAUUAUGAAAUUAAAGAAAAACAGGAUAGUACUGUGAGAAUUUUGUCAGCUGAACUAUUACUCUCUAGUCAAUACAAUAAUUAUACCAUUGAUGAUAUUUUACUUUCAUUUGUAAAAAGCAAAAAUCCUGAAAUAUCUACAUACAUCACUGGAAAAAUUAAUGACCUUACAAGUAGAAAUAAGACAUUCAGUAAUAUAUUGAAAAGUAGAAAAAUUAGAAAUUAUAAUACUCUUUCAAAUAAAGGAGACUCUGCAGUUGUUAGAAAUUUGUUAGCAGGUGGAACUGGGGUUGAUAUAUACUAUAGUAUGGACAUGGAAAUGAUUUCAGGUGGACUUCUCAAAAAAAGUGCUUUUGAUGUUAAUUUUGAAAAUGAAAAAGAUAAACUUCAUUUCUUUUCUAUAGGAUUAUUUGCUACAGGAUUAGGAAGUCUUACAGGAGAAGAAGAUUCAGAAGAAACUUCAGCUGGAAUGGAAUUAACACUUUUAGGGGUACAUAUUCGUCCUUACACUUUCUUCCAUGGUACAGGAGAAUUGAUGGGUCACGUGUGGUCAGGGACUGGUAGUGAACCCAUAUCUGCUAUUCAGGGUAAUCUUUUGUUAAUGGAUCAUUCUCAGAAAAUUAUUCUCCAGAAUGGUUUGAUUGUUGACUUAAAUGUUAAAGGAGCUCUUUCUAUUGAUCUUUCUGCAAGUAUUGAUAUAUCUAUUUGGAACAGAAAUUCUCAUUCUAUAGUAAAAAAUAGUGGUGCAUUUGCAAUUGAAGGAAGUGCAAGAAUUGAUUCCUCUUUCAUUGAAAGUCAAGUUGGAUUUAACCUCGGUGGAGAAUCGUACAUAGAUUUUGUUACAGAUUUUGAUUUUUAUGAUAGCCCUUAUAGAACUUGUCUUCAGAUGAGUCAACCUGACUUAGAAAUUAAAUACAAUGUAAAAGAAUCACAUUCAUUUCAAAAACAUAAAUGGCAACAUACAUCAAAUAGAAAAUAUUACAUUCCAGGAAAAUCCUACUCGUUUCAUAGAAAAAAUGAUGAAUAUUGUUCAAUUUUACUUGCAGAAAAAUAUUAAAUAAUCCAAAGAAAAUAAUGAAAAUGAAUCCUGUGUUGUAUAGUUUACAGCUGUAAUUAAA